UCUUGCUUCUGAAAACACAAAAUUCAAUUUCUGGAAGCUAUCUGAGUAUCUUCUCGUCGUUCAGGCUGUCUUUUUCUCUACCGAAUGGACAAUGAAAAUCUUGUGUAGGGCUCAUUCUAAAUGUAAAUGAGUGAAUAACAUUAUGAACGCAUCUUGUUUUGGCUAGCUUGAGCGAAACAAUGGAGGACGAAGACGUAUGUCGCGUUUGCAGGGCUGAAGGGACGCCUGAUAAUGCUCUAUUUCAUCCAUGUGCGUGUACUGGCAGUAUCAAGUUCGUGCAUCAGGCGUGCCUGGUACAAUGGCUGAAACACAGCCGCAAAGAAUACUGUGAGCUAUGCAAGCACCGCUUCCUUUUCCGGCCUAUCUAUGCAGCCAAUACUCCAUCACGACUGCCGCUGCGGGAGAUUGGCAUCGGCUUGCUGCGCAAUGUUGGCAGUGUUCUUCUGCGAACAGUGCCACCGCUAAGCAUCUGGGCUAUUUAUAUACCUCUGCUGGCUGCGAAUGCGUAUCGAGCUCGCUAUGCACCCGAUGGUGCAACGCAGGGUGACGCAGUGUCUGAGGCUAUCCCAGUGCCCGUGCUGUCUGACAUCGUGCGCGUGGUGGUGGGCUACUUCGCCCUGAAACCUCACCCGGGAUGGUCACUGCCGGCCGUCACCAACAGCAUCACCACCGGCAUGCUGGUGAUGAUGUUUGCCAUAAUGUGCUUCUGCCUGCUCUUCAUCUUCCUGCCCCUGCUCGAGCUGUACGGCGGAGACUGGCUCGUCGUCAACCCCGACGCCAACGGCAACCUGCUGCGGCGCCUGCUCCUGCGCAAUUGGCGGCGCGUGCCACCGGCACCGCCGGUCGAAGGCAGGCGCGCUGCCGCGGCCGUACGCGCACAGCAGGAGCAACAGCAGCACGACGGAAGUGAUGCUGAUAGCAGCGGAGAGGAUAGCGACGGCUGGGUGACAGACACGGACACGGGCACAGACUCUGACAACGGUGUCGACGAGUCCGAAAACGAAGCGGCGGCUGCGGAUGACGACAACAAUGGCGAUGCCGUGGCGGAGGCUGCCGCAGCCGUCCGGAAUGCUCAGCAAGAUCGGCCGCCAUUGAUCUUGGAUACCGGUCGCACUCGCGCCGACUUUCACUUACCUGGUCAGAUUGGUGACGAUGUAGGUGUUGGUGUACGAACUGAGACGGAGACACCAGCAGCAGCACCGCGGCAUGGCCAUGGACAUGCACGGGUAUGGGGAGAAGUCGAGCUGCAGGUCAUGCGUCAGCGUCGUCUCGACAGGUUCCUUGCGGCAGAGAGACGGGGCGACGAACGGGACGGCACGCUGCCGCCUCCACAGGUUGUUGCCACGGCAGCAGCAACGGCAUUGCCAGUAGAAACGCAGGACCCGCGGCCCACCACCGGGCAAGGUGCUGUGCCAGGUAGUUCUGCCUCGAUCCCGUCAGACGCGGGUGGCGCCUUGGCCACCGCACCCAGUGCGUGGACAUCUGUGCCUCCGGGCAGCAGCUCUGUUGAGCGUGCUACGGAAGGACCAGGUUAUGGUGAAGACGAGCGUGCUACUGAAGGACUAGCUGAUGGUGAAGAUGCAGUGGUGGGUUCUGAGCAGGCAUCACUGCACCACACUACCGCAGCUGGUACUGGCGACCUGGGUGCUGAGCAAGAUUUUGAUGGCUGGCUACGAGAGGGCCGGCGGCAAUGGGAGGAUUCCCUGGCAGUAGGGAGGCACGAGGUCGCAGCCGAGGCGGGCGGCGACCUGCUAGGCGAUGUGGACGGGCCUGACAUCUUCCCGCGCCCCUUGCCACCAGCGAUUGGGCGAGCCCCUGGCAGUGUUGGCGACGCAGACCCGGCGCGGCGACUGUUGGCCGACGACGGGGAGGUUGAAGAGAAUGAGCAUGGCGAUCGGCAGCGGGACAUUGAUGACGGUGGAGACAACGUGGUAGAUGCAGAGGGUGAUGGUGUCGCCGCGCAGAAUGUAGCUCUGAUCGAUGGCAUCAUCGGUCUGGUUGACAUGAUAGAAGAAUUUAGGGAGAACGGUGCAGCUCCAGUAGCAGAUAUCGAUUCAGACUCAAACGAUGACGAUGAUGAUGACGAGGAUUUUGUGGACACGGAUAGUGAGGAUAGUGAUGAGGGUCAUGAGGAUGAUGAUGAUGAUGCUGUGUUGCACGGUCAAAAUGCUAACGCGGAAAACCAGGUUGCACCCGCGGAUGUGCUCAUUGAAAACAACGUGAUGGAUUUCCUGGAACGCGAUCAGGGCGUGCCAGCCGCUGCAGGUGGCGAGGAUGGUAACGUCAACGUUCAUCGCAUUUUCCGAUUACUGGGCUUUGAAGGCGGUAUCGACUUUCUUCUCGUGGCGCUUGUUUUCUAUUUAUUCAUAACUCUUUCAUUGGAUGCUAUUGCUGCUCCGACCAGGCUGGGACGGUUCAUCCUGACAACCUUCAAUCACACCUCAACGGUGCGCAAGGUUUGGCUAGAAUCCACAGUGCCCCUGGCCAUCGGUUACAUUCCGCUGAGCAUGUUUGCUUUCUUAUGCAAUUGGUGUGCAAGAGUAGUGGGAUUGAGACAUCUUACUUGGUUCUUUGGGGCCGUCUAUCUCUCGUGCAAGGUCAUUGUGCUGCUGCUGGUCGAGCUGAUCAUUUUCCCGCAGCUAUGCGGCUUCUGGCUGCACAUCUGCUGUCUGGGUCUUCUUGGUGAUACUGCGGAGGCCUUGGACCAACGCUACGUGUCUUCUGCCACUUCGUUUUGCUUUGUUCACUGGAUACUGGGAAUGGAGUUUCUGUACUUCUUUGCCAGCUUCGUCAUCGUGUCGCGAAAGGUUCUGAGACCAGGUGUGCUGUGGUUCUUUCGCAAUCUCAAUGACCCUAACUUCCACCCGAUGGAGGAGAUAAUGACGGCUCCGAUUCUGAUUCAGGUUCGCCAUUUCCUCACUUCUUCGGUGUUCCUGGGUACGUCUAUUCUCUUAAUCACCUGGAUACCAAUCAAGAUUGUCAAGUGGAUACUUCCAUCUUUCCUGCCUUUCGUUGUCUCCAAUGAUCGGCCUGCGGACACGGAGGGCAUGUACGUGGACGUUGCCAUCCUGCACUUCAUCCUGGCGGUGGUGUUCGACAAUCGCCACACGCGAUUCCUGGUGCACGGCUUCGUCUACCUGUGGUGCCACGUCGUGGCCCGCCUGCUGGGCCUGCGCAGCUACUUGCUUGGUCUGCCCCAAGACGACCAGCAGCAACAGCAACAACAAGAUGAGCCAGUGGCACCAGGCGCUGAGCAGCAGCAGCAGGAGCAGCCUGGUGUGGAUGAUGCCGCCGCUGCUGCUGCUGCUGCACCAGCUCGGGCUCCUGACAGGCGGCCAGGGGAGCUGCGGCCGCUGGUUUUCCAGCGCAUUCACGAGCUAGCGCGGCAGGACGAAGUGUACCGCGAGCGCGAGGACUAUGUGCGCCCGUCGUACUUCCUACUCCGGAUACUGGCACUCGUGUCCGUGUUUAUACUGAGUGUGAUUGGCGUCAGUCUCUUUAUCAUUGCCGUUCCUGCGUUGACCGGCCGGGCACUCACGUCGCUCUUCUUUCCGCCCGGCGAGCGCUUCGAAGGCUACACGAUAGCCGUCGGCCUGAAGGCGCUGUGGCUGUUUUCCAAGCUGGCCUACGCCGUCACUGUGUCAGUGUGCCAGUACGGUGUUCGCGGUGUGCAGCGCUUGAUGGCCACGGACACUCUAGGAAAGAUCCUGUACUGCCUGUUUUUCUUCUUUCUGACGUUUGGCCUGCUGUCAUUUCUGGUUGGCAUGGCCGUGUCUCUGAUGGCUAUGCCGCUGGUCGUCUUGCCAAACCAGACACCCACGUUUCCCUUUCACUACACGCUGGUCUUUAUUUUUGGCUUUGGAAUCACUAACUUUGCCGUAACUCUGCUCGUGUUCGCGCACCUGGAUCUCGUGGAGGGCGCUGCUCGAGAUCACCGUAACAUGUUCCUUCACUUGCUGCACAUCAUCACUGUGUCUGACGUCGUGCGUGGUCACAUCAUCAAUGCCGUGCUCAGCGUCAUGGCCUUCAUCUGCGUGCCGUACACGCUCACCCUGGGUCCUCUCAAACUACUCGGUGCGUCGCUCGAGACGCAAACGCUCGUCAUGAAGAACGUCUACUUCCUGAUCGCGUCGGCGAUGUUCGCCGCCGUCUUCAUGGUGGCGUUUGCGAGUUCUCUCUACAAGGCUUGCAUCACGCUGCACGCCAAUAUGAAGAAGGAGAGGUAUUUAAAUGGCUUUCAAUUGAUGAACUAUGAGCCGCAACGCUAGCUUGUGUCUAAUCAUACGCCGCACAUUAGCUGUGCAUAUUUUGGCCAGGGAUAUUAUAAAAUUCUUUGCGGGUAAGAUGGCCAUUGCAUCCCCCGCUUGUCAUAGGAUUUAUUCUGCUCAUAAAUUGUUUUAAGGACAAAACAUAACUUUCAUAGAACACACAUACACACCUGUCCCAUUUUUGUACAUACUUGUACAGUUCUUGUAUCUCUUCUGAAGUACUUUUUUGUAUUAUCUACAGUGUCAUCAUUCAUGUUUGCUAGCCCAUCUCAUGUUGUAUUAUUCUAUUGUAAUGAUAUGAUCGUGUAUUUCUCUCUCUCUCUCUCUCUCUCUCUCUCUCUCUCUCUCUCUCUCUCUCUCUCUCUCUCUCUCUCUCGCUCACACGCCCUCGUGCCGCACUUGCUUGUGUGUGUGGUGCUCUGCUUUGUGUUGUUGAGUAUACUAGUACUUGUUGCGGGCAAUGUUGAUGGGGAACUCAUAUUGCCUUCAGUAUCAGCUUGCUGGAAACAUGUACAUGUAUGAAACUCGGCGGCAUUGUAUAAAGAUGCAGUCUUCUUGAACCCCACUGCCCACUACCCUUCGCCAUUCAAUUUGUAUUAUACUCAUUGCCAUACCCAUUUGUUCAUACUUCAGAAUAGUUCCAAGUUUACUUCAGAAUAGUUCCAAGUUUCUCAGUUGUGUGUAUUUGGUUUUAUAUUCUCACACCGCUGCGUGUAAGAUACUCCUGCUGCUGCUGCAGCGUCAUCGAAUAAAUGCCUGCGACUGUUUGAUUUCCUUCCAGCCGUUGUUGACCGUGGUGUCUAGCGAGUUUACUAUGUCCUGGAUGUGUUGUCCGCUGUCCUCACUCGUCACGGUUGUGGCCGCUGUGCACGGUACACCUCCCGGUGCUGCAGCGUGAUCACUGAUGGCGCCAGCAGCAGCAGCAUGCCUCACCAGCUGCAUGUUUGAAUUAUCAUAAAUUUUUUAUUUAUGAUUGUGUGUUACUAUGAGUGCAUCGUAGCAUCGAACUCUUACUAAGGUGUUAGAUGCGUAUUUCAAGUACUAUUGUUAGAUGCAGCAUGCACCAAGUGCAA